AUGGCUCCUGGACGCCGGUCUACUCCAAGGGGUGCAGGUUUAUUGGAAGACAUCGCUGGACUUUCUGAACACAAUGGCAUUCGGCGGACCAGACUCGCAUCGUCCAACCCUACAAAUUCAGAUGCCCUCGUAGUCCCUAGUGAAUCGACUACGCCGGUUAAACGACCAAGAGGCAGACCAUCUCGUGCCUCGCUUCUGACAAGCAACGCAUCUUCUGCCCCCUCCUCACCUGCUCUCAACUCAAGCAAACAACAACGUACUACGAGGAGUUUGGCCGUGAGCAGCAUGUCCGUUUCCUCUACUUCUACACCUCAAAACCGCUCCUCUGAUGAUGAGUACUCCACGGCAGCUACCAGCAAGGUUCCCACACCGUUGCUUGCCAACGGGUCUGCCUUGUCUACAUCUUCUAAGCCUAGUGCGUCUUUUGAAGUGCAACUUCCUGCCAAGAUUCGCGUCGGCGAUUAUGACGAUGAUCGUGCAUUGAGAAACAGCAUUUACUCGUUAAAUCAGAGCAAAAGAAACACGCCAAACGAGAUUGCUGAUUCGGAUAGCGAUGUUGAUGAUUUCUCGCUGGACACAAAUAGGGAUGUCAAGACCGCUCGGAGGCUGCAGGCAGAAGAGUAUGCUAGAAUUGAAGAUGCGCCAUUACUACAAGCCGCCUCUAUGCGCAGAAGUAACCGGGGCGCCGUAUCCGACACCUCUCUCAGCCCUCCUCCGACACGCUCCGCUUCCAAACGAGGCAGAGCCUCAGGUUGCUCUUCAGUACAACUAGAUCCGCCGGCUAAGAGAGAUCGGAUCGUACCUGAUUCUGAAGAUCCUCCGCCGUCUGAUAUUGACCCGGAUGCCGAAAUUGCGGCAGCAGCCGCUCUCGAGUACGAUGGCUCUGAACUUACAGAUUUCUCCAGUGAGGACUCUUUUGUAGUUUCCGACUCAGAACCAAUUGAAGUGGGUGAACCGGAUGAGACUGAGUCAGAGUUUCAAUCAUCAGAUGAUGAACCUCUGUCUGCAAAGAAGGGCAAGCAACCUGCAAAGCCCAAGCGCACAACAGCAAAAAGUAGGGGAAGUGCCAGGAAACGCGCACCCACCCGAUCCGACGCCAAAACCUCUGUGAAGAGGCGUCGUCUUGGCACACAUGCGACUGAUGUCGCCAGAGAUUCCGACGGAGAAAUCGAUUUGGAGGCUGACGACGAUUAUGCGGUUGGGGUUAUUAAUCUCGCUGCUGGAGCCUCACCAGUGUCAGUGUCAUCUGUAUCUGCUGGCAUCGGGUCUACCAGCUCUAGUGAUGCCGAAGUUGACCUGGCGGCGCUCCGCAGACUCUCAGCCCGACGACGAGCAUAUAGACCCGGAAACAAACGGCGCCUCAAGAAUGAACGCGGCCGACUAGAAACUCACCAUCCUGAGAUCCUAACCAUGUGGGAUGAUCUUGAGAAGAUGCCAGUGCUUCAAGCCGGCCAGGCACCACAGCCACAAACAAUCUCCCGGCAGCUGAAGCCCUUCCAGCUGGAAGGGUUGGCAUGGAUGAAGGAAAUGGAGAAGCAACAGUGGAAAGGUGGACUCCUCGGUGAUGAGAUGGGCUUGGGCAAGACCAUUCAGGCCGUUUCCCUCAUCAUGUCAGACUAUCCGGCUAAGCAGCCCUCGCUCGUUCUUGUCCCACCCGUGGCCUUGAUGCAGUGGCAGUCGGAGAUGAAGUCAUACACCGACGGCACCUUGAAGACCUUUGUCUACCACGGCACUAACCAGAAGACGAAGAUUAUCACAGUCAAGGAACUCAAAGCGUACGACGUUAUUAUGAUGUCGUAUAACAGCUUAGAGUCCAUGUACCGGAAACAGGAAAAGGGUUUCAAGCGGAAGGACGGCAUCUACAAAGAAAAGAGUCUCAUCCAUGCCAUAAAAUUUCAUCGAAUCAUCUUGGACGAAGCCCACAGCAUCAAGACCCGAAGCACCAUGACUGCCAAAGCGUGCUUCGCAUUGGAGACGAACUACCGCUGGUGCCUUACAGGCACUCCGCUGCAGAACCGAAUCGGAGAAUUCUUCUCCUUGAUUCGGUUUCUCAACAUCAGGCCUUUUGCGCUGUACAUGUGCAAGCAAUGCCCAUGCUCGACGCUCGAAUGGAACAUGGGUGAAGACAGCCGCUGCUCUCGUUGCGCUCAUGCAGGAAUGCAACACGUCUCUGUUUUCAACCAGGAGCUUCUCAACCCGAUCCAAAAGUUUGGCAAUCUCGGCCCUGGGCGAGAAGCGUUCCGCAAAUUGCGGCUGAUGACGGACCGAAUCAUGCUGCGUCGUCUCAAGAGGGACCAUACCAACUCCAUGGAACUGCCCGUCAAGGAGAUUUAUGUCGACAGGCAGUUCUUUGGCGAGGAAGAGAACGACUUUGCCAACAGCAUCAUGACCAACGGACAGCGCAAGUUCGACACGUAUGUUGCCCAGGGAGUGCUGCUCAACAACUACGCCAACAUAUUCGGUCUCAUCAUGCAGAUGAGACAGGUUGCAGACCACCCGGAUCUGAUCCUCAAGAAAAACGCAGAGGGGGGCCAAAACGUCCUGGUUUGCUGCAUCUGCGACGAGCCAGCCGAGGACACGGUUCGAAGUCGUUGCAAGCACGACUUUUGCCGCACGUGCGUCUGCAGCUAUGUUCGAUCCACAGACAGCCCCGACUGCCCGAGCUGCCAUAUCCCAUUGUCGAUAGACCUGGAGCAGCCGGAAAUCGAGCAGAACGAAGGCUCGAUCAAGAAGAACUCCAUCAUCAACCGGAUCAAGAUGGAGAACUGGACCUCGUCGUCCAAAAUCGAACUUCUCGUCCACGAACUGCACAAGCUGCGAUCGGACAAUGCCUCGCACAAAUCCAUCAUAUUCUCGCAGUUCACCACCAUGCUUCAGCUGAUUGAAUGGCGGCUGCGUCGGGCCGGCAUCACCACGGUCAUGCUCGACGGAAGCAUGACCCCCGCCCAGCGCCAGGCGUCCAUCGAGCACUUUAUGAACAAUGUCGACGUCGAAUGCUUUCUCGUGUCCCUCAAGGCAGGCGGCGUCGCCCUCAACCUCACCGAAGCAUCCAGAGUCUUUAUAGUUGAUCCGUGGUGGAAUCCUGCUGCAGAAUGGCAGUCUGCCGAUCGGUGUCAUCGCAUCGGACAGACCAGACCUUGCGUCAUCACGCGGCUGUGCAUCGAGGACUCUGUCGAGAGCCGCAUGGUGCUGAUUCAGGAGAAGAAGACAAGCAUGAUCCACUCGACCAUCAAUGCUGAUGACAAGGCCAUGGAAAGCUUGAGCCCUGAGGAUAUGCAGUUCUUGUUCCGAGGCACCUAG